AUGCGAGCAUUGUUGGAUUCUGGUUCUGAGGCGUCGUUUAUCACAGAGUAUGCUGCCCAAUUGCUACAGCUUAAAUCUCAAGCAACUCAAAUGGGGGUUUCCGGGUUGGGUUUAGUCAGCAGUGGCAAAUCUCUUAAAAUGGUGGAUAUCACUUUUGCUUCACACCAUUCCACUUUUGCAACAACAGUGCAGGCUUAUGUAUUAAAGUCACUGACUGGCCAUUUGCCGGCCCGGACCCUUCACGUUGAGAAUUGGACCCAUCUCAACGAUUAUGUGCUAGCUGAUCCUGAAUUUUUCAAAUCAUCCAAAAUUGAUAUUUUGCUUGGCAGUGAUGUCUUAGCCGAACUUUUGUUGCCGGAGCUCAUCCCACCAACAGACAAGUUGAUGCCAGUCAUGCAAAAUACAACACUGGGAUGGAUCUUAUUCGGAAAGGCUCCAAUUGUAUCUGAAUCAAGUCAACAAGUCAGAAGUUUUUUGCAAAUUUUACAAACAGACCUUCGAAUAUUCUGGGAAUUGGAAGAAGCACCGUUCAAGCCAUACUUAAAAGCCGAAGAUGUUGAAUGCGAAAAUCAUUUUAUCAACAAUGUUCAACGGACAGUUGAUGGACGCUAUCAAGUGGCAUUACCGUUCAAGGGAAAUGUUCAUCCUGUUCUUGGCGAUUCGUAUCAAAGUGCUUUACGGCGAUUCUAUGGACUUGAGAGGCGUCUUGAUGCAAAUUAA